UUAACCAACAGAGAAGACACAAAAGCUAAAAUCACUAUGUGGAGCUGUGAAACCUUAAACAACAGUACUGAGCACAGUGAGGACCAGCAUCUCUGCCAUGACUUCCACCUUGUGCUUUCCAUCUUUUCCCUACUCUACCUCAUUAUAUGUUUCCCAAUUGGCCUGUGUUACAAUGGCUUGCUGGUCCUGGUUAAUCUCUAUAACAAAGCUACUAUGACUAUGCCAGAUGUUUAUUUUGUCAACAUCGCUAUUGCUGGUCUCAUCAUCAACGCCCUGGCACCAAUGUACCUUCUAGGUCUUGCCAAUACAAAAUGGGCCAUCUGGAAUUCUAACAAUGAAGUUUAUAUUACGUUACUUAUUUUAUUCAACGUCUCCUCUUUAGUUACCAUGUACUCUACUACGUUACUCAGCCUGGACUACUACAUCGAACGCGCUCUACCGAGAACUUACAUGUCGAGCGUGUACAACACCAAGCACGUUUGUGGAUUCAUCUGGGGUGGUGCCAUGCUGACAAGUUUCUCAUCUCUCCUGUUCUACGUCUGCAAUCACGUCUCCACUAAAAUAAUUGAAUGUUCCAAGAUGCAGAACAAAGAAGCAGCUCACGCCAUUAUGGUCUUUAUCGGGUAUGUGGUGCCAGCCAUCGCUGUACUGUAUGCACUGAUCCUAAUCCUGAGGAUACGCAAAGAGGCCACGCCGCUGGAUCAAGACACUGGACGAUUAGAUCCAUCGGUGCACAGGCUUUUGAUUGCCACAGUCUGUACACAGUUCACCUUAUGGACACCCUAUUAUGUCACUCUCUUGGUAAGCACGUUCGCUAACACACGAGGACGAAUGGCGGAUGAAAACUUCAGUCGAAUACUGCAUUUUACCAAGAUUUUAUCCAAGUUCUUGGCUUUCUCGAGCAGCUUUGUAAUGCCUUUGCUCUACAGGUACAUUAACAAAAACUUCCCCAACAAAUUACGACGUCUGCUGAAGAAGCUGCACUGUGGGAAUCAAGGGUGUUCUCAUGAACGCUCAGUAGUACAGCAAGUGAGGACGUAG